AUACUUUGUUGUAUACAUUUAACUCUUCACAAGAUUUUUACAAACCUUUGCUGGUAUUUUGGCCCAUUCCUCCAUGCAAAACUCCUCUAGAGCAAUUAUGUCACUGGGCAACACAGACUUUCAACUCUCUCUAAAGAUUUAUGGGAUUGAGAUCUGAAGACAGGCUAUGCCACUUCAGCACUUUGAAAUCCUUCUUAUGAAGCCACUCCUUCGUUAACCGGGCAUCGUUGUCAGGCUGCAAGACCCAGCCGCAUUUCAUCUUCAAUGCCCUUGCUGAUGGAAGGAGUUUUUCACUCAGUAUCUGACCAUACAUUUCCUUUACAUGGAGUAGGCGUCCUGGUCCUUUUGCUGAAAAACAGCCCCAAAGCAUGAUGUUUCCACUCCCAUGCUUUACAGAAGAGAAUGGAGUGAUCAGGGUGCAGUCUGCCCUGUAUGGACGUAAAAACAACAAAACCUGCAGUGAAGGCAGGCCUCCAAGGGAAUUCAGCAACACAGGAUGCUCUCAAAAUGGAACUGGGGAUUUUGUCAAAAACAGGUGCAACGGAAAGAAGGUGUGUGAGAUCAGCACAAACGAUGUGAUUUCUCCUGAUCCCUGCUAUGGAACUUACAAAUAUCUACAGACUAACUUCACCUGUGUGCCUGCAAUUCACCUCAUUGCAUGCUACCAGUCUUAUGCAAAUCUGAAUUGCGAUAAAGGACGGGUCAUAUCUGUCCUUGGUGCCUACUUUGGACGUGAUAACAAGGCCGUCUGCUAUGCCAGCCGACCUCCCUCCCAGGUUGAAAAUGUCUACUGCUCCAACUCCACCCAGAUAGUCGCUAAAAGUUGUAAUGGGAGAAACAGCUGCACCAUCAAAGCAAGCGGCUCUGUGUUUGGAGAUCCCUGUUUUGGAACAUUUAAGUACCUGGAGUUGUCUUAUGUUUGUAAAUAACCUUUAAUUCGGUGAUGUUGGUCCUAUUCUAUCUUAUUUACAACCUUUGAUUUAGUGGAACAUUUCUUUCUCUUUACUAGACAAGUGAAAUAUCAAGUUAUAAAACGAAGUAUAAAACACCCACACACACACACACACACACACACGCACGCACGCACGCACGCAUGCACGCACGCACGCACACACACACACACAAAGAAAUAUUUUUUCUUUUAAGAAUACUGUCUUUUCUUUAAAAUGUAAACAUUCUUUCACAACUGGACUUUAAUUUAUCAGCAACACCAACCAAAAGUGUAGUAUAUGUGAUUGAUUGUUGCAUUUUUCAUUACAAAAUUAAAUGCUUUUACUC